GAGAAGAGAGUAACCCAUAAACUCUAAAACAUGAGUUUGGUCACCAGUUUGCAGCUCAUCCUCCCGCCACGACCGAGCACCACCACCAAGUUCUCCUGUUCAUUGAAACACCCAACACCAAGUCAAGAACUCUCUUCUUCUUCUUCCCCAAGCUCUCUUUUACCAAACCUAAUCUCUUUUGCUCUUGCUCUCUCUCUAACCUCUUCUUCCCCUGCCUUAGCCAUUCCUUCUCUCUCCUCUUCUCAGCCACCCACCACUCCUUUCACCCAAUCCAAGUUCGUCCAGACCGGUCUUCUCAAUGGCAAAAUUAGGCCGUGCCCUUCCACGAACCCAGGAUGUGUAUCGACGAAUCCAACCUCAUCUUCCUUCUCAUUUCCAUUGAUGAUCCCUGAAACCGAUAGACAAGAUCCCAUUCAGAAAUUGAAAGAUGCAUUAGUGAGCACUCAGAAGAAUCCUAAGUUUGUGGUUCUUGAAGAUACCCCAUAUGGGAGAUAUUUGGAGGCAGAGGUAGAAGGAGGAGGAUUUAGCAGAGAUGUGAUGGAGUUUUUGGUGAAGGAAGAUGUGGUUGCUUACAGGUGUAUGGCCACUAAGGUUACAUUCGUGUAUCCUUUCACCACUGCUUUUGGAGACUCUAAGGGACAAGAAGAGAGGAUGAAUAAGCUCAUCGACCAACUCGGUUGGUAUGCUCCUACCUUCGAAUCCAUGGAGUAAAUAGAAUAUGUUUGCUAAGUAAUGUUUUUUUUUCUCCAUAGCCUUACAACGCACUGCUUGAGACAUAAAAUACGAGUUUGAUUAUUUGUCCUUUUGAGAAAAUCAAAGAAAGCUUGUUCAACUUUCAAAUGUUAAAUAGUAUAACUUAUAGUAUUGUA